GAAGCAUGCGACAGUACUGUAUGUGUGUUAUAUACAGAGACUAGUGAUCUGAAGCGCAAACUUAAAAAUGCGUCCUUUUAACUGAGUUACAGACCAUUUUCAGUAUUUAACUGAUAUCGUUACGUAGCCACAAUGUUUAGGCAAACAGCGGGUUUGUUAAAGAAACUUAGACAUUUAAGUUUUGUAGGUCAGAAACCAUGGAGGUUCAACAGUAGUUCUGCCAAAGAAAGAGCAUUGCUGUACAAAGCCGGAGAGAAAAUCCAUGGGUUCACAGUGAAUCAGGUGACUGAUGUUCCUGACCUGUUUCUUACAGCUGUAAAACUGACCCAUGAUAACACCGGAGCCCGGUAUCUGCAUGUUGCAAGAGAUGAUUCCAACAAUCUGUUCAGUGUGCAGUUCAGGACCACUCCAAUGGAUAGUACUGGAGUGCCUCAUAUUCUAGAGCACACAGUACUGUGUGGCUCUGAGAAGUAUUCCUGUAGGGACCCCUUCUUCAAAAUGCUGAACAGAUCUCUCUCUACCUUUAUGAAUGCAUUUACAGCCAGUGACUACACAAUGUAUCCAUUUUCUACACAAAAUGGCAAGGAUUUUCAAAACCUUCUCUCUGUGUAUCUGGAUGCUGUCUUUUUCCCUUGUCUCCGAGAACUAGAUUUUUGGCAGGAAGGUUGGAGGCUAGAACAUGAAAAUCCCACAGAUCCAAAUGCACCUUUAGUGUUCAAAGGAGUGGUCUUUAAUGAAAUGAAGGGAGCAUUUACGGAUAAUGAGAGACUAUAUGCACAACACCUCCAAAAUAAACUGUAUCCUGACCACACUUACUCAGUGGUAUCAGGUGGGGAGCCCCUUGACAUCCCCGAGCUCUCCUGGGAACAGCUGAAACAAUUCCAUGCCACACACUACCAUCCCAGCAAUGCCAGGUUCUUUACCUAUGGGGAUCUACCUCUAGAGCAACACUUGAAGCAAAUCCAGGAAGAAGCUCUGUCCAGAUUUCAGCGUACAGAACCACAAACAGCUGUCCCACCGCAGACGCGUUGGAGCAACCCUAGGGAGCACCAUGUGGCCUGUGGGCCAGAUUCACUAGCUCCUGACCCUUCCAAACAGAAUACCGUCUGUGUCAGUUACCUGCUUGGAGAUGUUACAGAUACCUUUGAAGCCUUCACAUUAAAUCUUUUGUCUUCCCUGAUGGUUUCUGGACCCAACUCCCCAUUUUACAAAGCCCUGAUUGAGGCCAAGAUUGGAACAGACUUCUCUUCUGUUGUUGGUUUUGAUGGCAGCACCAAAGAGGCCUCCUUCAGUGUGGGCUUGCAGGGGAUUGCGGAAAAAGACAUUGAAACAGUUAAAGAAAUAAUCUUCCAAACUGUUAAUGAAAUUAUUGCCACUGGAUUUGAGGAGGAAAGGAUAGAAGCACUUCUUCACAAGAUUGAAAUCCAGAUGAAGCAUCAGAGCACCAGUUUUGGUCUUUCCUUGGCCUCUUAUAUUGCUACUUGCUGGAACCAUGAUGGGGACCCAGUGGAAGUUUUAAAGAUCAGUGACAAAGUGACCAGGUUCAGGCAAUGCCUUCAGGAUAAUCCACACUUUCUUCAAGAGAAGGUCAAACUGUACUUCAAGGAUAACCCUCAUCGGCUGACCUUGUCAAUGAGUCCAGAGGAGUCUUACUUUGAGAAGCAAGCUAAGGCAGAGGAAGAAAAGCUCAAACAAAAAGUCAGUGCCUUGUCUGAAGAGGACAGAAAGCUAAUCUACGAAAAAGGUUUACAGUUGAUGGCUGCUCAAAGUACAACCCAAGACGCCUCUUGUCUGCCCGCACUGAAAGUGUCUGAUAUCCAGCCAACUAUUCCAUUUACACCUGUGGAAAUGGGAAAUGCAGGUGAGGUCCCAGUACAGUACUGUGCCCAGCCCACCAAUGGCAUGGUUUAUUUCAGGGCAAUGUGCAGCCUGAACACACUUCCCGAGGAGCUCAAAGUAUACGUUCCACUUUUCUGCAAUGUCAUAACCAAGCUGGGAUGUGGAGUCAUGGACUACAGACAGCAGUCUCAGCAAAUUGAGCUGAAGACCGGAGGAAUGUCGGUUUCUCCACAAAUUAUUCCAGACGCCACUGACCUAGAUAUGUAUGAACAGGGGGUGCUACUCACUUCUUCUAGUCUGGAGAGGAAUGUGCCAGAUAUGAUGCAACUCUGGAGUGAGAUUAUUAACACGGCCUGUUUUGAUGACGAGGAGCGGCUGCGAGUUCUGGUUAUGAUGUCAGCUCAGGAACUCGCCAAUGGGAUUCCAGAUUCCGGACACACGUAUGCAAUGAUUCGAGCUUCCAGGAACCUCACUCCAGCAGGAGACUUACAAGAAACAUUUGAUGGCAUGGACCAAGUGAAACUUAUGAAGAGAAUUGCAGAGAUGUCCAAUCUCACCCCAAUACUGCGCAAGUUUCCACGCAUAAAAAAACAUUUAUUCAACCCAGAGAACAUGAGAUGUGCUGUUAAUGCCUCCCCUCAGAUGAUGUCAGAAGCAUCCUUGGAAGUGGAGAAGUUAAUGAAUUUAAUUGCUAGGAAGAAAAAAGAAAGAAAACAUGUUCGACCCAACAUUGUUGAGAAACCACUGGAUUCACUGGUUGGAAGCAGUUUUAGUCCAGGGUCAGGUCCUAGCAGGAAACUCAUUUCUGACCCAACUUUUAAACCCUGCCAGAUGAAAACAUAUUUUCAGCUUCCUUUCCCUGUGAAUUAUGUGAGCGAAUGUAUUCGUGCUGUUCCUUUUGCAGACCAGGAUUAUGCCAGUCUUCAAAUACUUGCACGACUGAUGACAGCAAAGUUCCUACAUGGGGAAAUCCGAGAGAAAGGGGGUGCUUAUGGAGGAGGAGCAAGGAUGGGUCAGGGUGGAUUAUUUGCUUUCUACUCUUACAGGGACCCAAACUCUAUAGCAACACUGACUGCCUUCAGGAAGGGGGUAGAGUGGGCCAAAGCUGGGAAAUUCACACAGCAGGACAUUGAUGAAGCCAAACUGUCAGUGUUUUCAGCUGUUGAUGCACCUAUAGCUCCUUCCAACAAAGGCCUCAGCCAAUUCCUGUAUGGCAUCCCUGAUGAAAUGAAGCAGAAACACAGAGAGCAACUUUUUGCAGUCGCUCACAAGAGCCUGGUUGAAGUGGCAAACAAGUAUCUGGGAAUUGGACAGAGGACGUGUGGAUUAGCAAUUCUAGGGCCACCAAAUGAAAGCAUUAACAAGAAUCCUUCCUGGGUUGUCCGAUAAUUAAAAGAAGAUCUGCUGCUGCUGUGUUUGAUACUCAAAAUUUAACCAGAAAACAAAUUUGCCGUUGCAAAUAAAAACUCUUCUGCCUGCAAUUUCUUAUGUUGUAGUUACCUGGUGUUGUUUUAUACAAUUGUGUUGUGUGUAUGUAUUGAACUCUACAUAAUUUAAAAUGAAAGUAAUCAUGUUUAAGAUAGACAAAUAGAUAUUCUAAUUUGUGGUUGUUUUCAAAUCUCAACCUUAUUGAUUCUUGAAUAUAUGAAGUUUUAUAUAGUGUACAAGUGUUUUUUUUUUAAUAUUUUUGAAGAUUUUAUGAUCUAAAGAAGCACCAUUUGGUAGACUAACAUGUUUUAUAACGUGAAUGAUAAGUGGUGCCUGCCUUGUUGGUGUAUCAGUGUCUGAUUUCAACUGCAACUGUGACAUCAUGCAAUACUGUAUCCUGUGCCUGGAGGGUAAAACACUCCAAAAAAAAAAAAAAAAACAACAACUAACGAACAGUCUAUAUGUGAUCGUAACCAGCUUCUAAGUCAGGAUACAAGUUCAUACACAAAAUAAUUAGGCAGGAUGAGUGAGGGAACCUCUAAUUAUAGAAUUCAAUAUGUCAGUUUGCUUCCAAUAGGGUAAAGUGCACUGUCAACAAAAUGAAUUAACAGUAUGGUAGUAUUACAGAGGGUGGUUACGCUGUUCAUUGUGCCAUGCCAUAUUAGUAAGAGGUGUGACCUUGGGAAAGUUUCAGCAAGUGGAUCAUUAUACUGUAUGACCAUGUACAUUGUGACAAAAUCCAUUUGUGUAAAUUCAAUAUUGGCAUGAGUGUCUGGAUGAACCCGGACCAUUUCCUUAAGGUAGCAAUAUUAAACACAUUCUAAUUAAAUACUAUUCCAAGAUACAUACAAAAUGGAACAAAUACACUCAAUACAAUAUUUUGAACAAGUUUGCAGCUGUUUUAUUGUAUUGGUGUCUCUAACACAUCACACAAACUAACAUCUGGUACAAAGUGCAGUUACAUGGACAUUCAAAACGACAAGUGGAAUAAAGCAAGUGCUUUUCUGUGCUGGCAAGCAGGGAAGAACAUCCUGUGAAUGCAAGCUGAUCAAACUAGUUCCUGGUUUGUUUUAAACAGGAUUGUGAAUAACAUGAAAACAGGACCCAUUGUUUCCAAUAUCCUCCUCAGUCCCUGUAUCAAUUUAAGUGGAUGUUUGAGUUUUCAGUAUAAAAUUAAAAACUAGGUUUUAGGUGCUGGAACCUAAAAUGCAUUUAAAUGGAGCCUUUA